GAGAAAGAGAUAGAUGAUGAGAUAAGGAUUUGAAGCCCCACCAUUCAUUUCCCUCUUCUUUCAUCAGUCACAAACACAGAGGGCUCGCAACAGAGAACAAAGCUUCAUAAGGACUGCACCGAAUUGUAGGGUUUCCCUAAUUUCUUAAUUUUAUUUCUUCAGAAAAUUUCAAGGCUCUCUAGAGAGUUUAAAGGUGGCGGAAGUGAUGACAAAAUAAUUGUAGUUUGCUGACUGCACCACAACUUCUGCAUUUUUUAAGUCAACAUGACCCCCACAAUUCCGAGUUCUGUAAGCAAUAUUUCACAUAUCCCUGGAACUGCUUUUAUAACAAGGAAGAAAAAUUCUGUAACAGGAUGCAGACUCUUGGGAAAUUCUACAAAACAAACAUUAUCCCCACAAAAAUAUAUCUUGCCUCUGUCAACAUCUGUAAGGUUAUUUCCACAAUUCAGAUUUGGAUGUGCUUUACAUCAUAAAUCAAGAAUGCAUAUGGUAUUAGCCACUGGGACUGAUGUGGCAGUAGAAGAACCAGAUUCCGUGGUUUCUGAUAAAGAUACUGGGGAAGAUUCAGGAAUGCAAUCGAAUGCAGAGGGAACAAGCGAUGAAUCAUCUGUCAGAUCAGAUGCCAGUGCCCCACCAGUUCAAUCUAAACGUUCAAGAACCACUCGGAAGAGUGAGAUGCCACCAGUCAAGAAUGAGGAUCUGGUUCCUGGUGCCAUUUUUACUGGGAAAGUAAGAUCAAUCCAGCCAUUUGGUGCUUUUGUUGAUUUUGGAGCUUUUACAGAUGGCCUGGUGCAUGUUUCCAGGUUGAGCGAUAGCUUUGUUAAGGAUGUUGGUAGCAUUGUUUCCAUUGGACAAGAGGUGAAGGUAAGAUUGGUGGAAGCAAACACUGAGACAGGACGAAUAUCUCUUACUAUGCGUGAAAGCGACGAUGCCAGUAGUGACAAAGCCAGACCCAGCAGAAGGAGCAGUCCGAAGUCCAAUCAGAAGAGAGAUGAGGGGAAGAAAAGUUCAAAGUUUGUGAAGGGACAGGAUCUUGAAGGCAAAGUAAAGAAUUUAACCAGAGCUGGUGCUUUUAUAUCUCUUCCUGAUGGGGAGGAAGGAUUCUUGCCCAAAUCAGAGGAAUCUGAUGACGGGUAUGGAAAUAUGAUGGGGGGCACCUCGCUGCAGGUUGAUCAAGAAAUUAGCGUCAGAGUUUUGCGUAUCUCAAGAGGACAGGUAACUUUGACAAUGAAAAAAGAAGAUGUUGGACAGUUAGACUCGAAGGUCACUCAGGGGGUUGUCCAUGGGGCAACAAACCCUUUUCUGCUGGCUUUCCGUAAAAAUAAGGAUAUUGCUGCAUUUUUAGAUGAGAGGGAGAAAGAGGAGGAACCAGCUAAUUUAACACCAAGAACUUCUGAAAAGAUGGAAGGGAAGGUAGAUCAGUUUGAUACCGGGCUCGAUAACCUCAAGGUGCAGGAUCAACCAGCAAGUCGUGAUGGAGAGUCGGUCAGUGCCCCUUUUGCAAUGGAUGAAAUAGUAGAAGAUGAUGGAACCUCUUCAAAGGAAUUGGAUGUGGGAGCCAGAACAGUAGAUGAUGCGCUGACUGAAACUACUAAGCAAGAUGAGGACCCAGAAACAAUAGUUUCUAAUUCAUCACAAAGUGAAGAUGAUGCCAUCCAAACCAUAGAGGAGGCAGAAGUGAGUUCCGAAUCCUUGGCUCCAGAAGGAAGCAUAUCUCCUGCAGAUCAGAUAAAUGAGGAGGCCUUGGAAGAUGAUGAAAAAUCUAGCUUACCUAGACAAGUAACUGAUCAAUUUUUGUCAUCAGAAAGUCUGGAUAGCAAAGAAGUAACAGAGAGGCUAGCUGAUGAUGCUGUAGCAGAAGAAGAUAAAGUGCAGGUACAAACACCUACUGAGGAGAUCACACCAGUUGAAGAUGAAAAAGCAGGAGCUAACCCCCUAAAAAAUGGCAGUAUUACCAGCUCAAAUGGACAGAUAGAUACUCCAACCCCUGAAAGCACUAGGGAAGAAAGUCGUCUCAGUGAAGAAGUUGCAGAGAGCCAAGUUGACAAUAGCGUUGUCAAGGAUGACGUGCAGAUACAAGCUCCUGAUGUGGAAAGUAAAAUUCCUUGUGCCACAACUGUUGAAGAUGAGAAGGUGGAACCUGUCCCUGAGAAAAAUGGUAGUGUUACCAUCUCUAAUGCACAAGCUGGUGCUUCUUCCCCCAAGGAAAGCACAACUAAAGCUGCCAUAUCACCAGCUCUUGUGAAGCAGCUGCGUGAAGAAACAGGUGCUGGAAUGAUGGAUUGCAAGAAAGCUCUCUCGGAAGCUGGAGGGGACAUAGUUAAAGCUCAGGAGUUCCUCAGGAAGAAAGGGUUGGCAAGUGCAGAUAAGAAGGCCAGUAGGGCAACAGCUGAAGGAAGAAUUGGUUCAUACAUUCACGAUAGUAGGAUUGGUGUCCUAUUGGAGGUGAACUGUGAGACAGAUUUUGUAUCUCGAGGUGACAUUUUCAAGGAGCUGGUUGAUGAUCUAGCCAUGCAAGUAGCUGCAUGCCCUCAAGUACAGUAUCUUGUUACAGAAGAUGUCCCCCACGAAAUUGUGGACAAGGAAAGAGAGAUUGAAAUGCAGAAGGAAGAUCUCUUGUCAAAACCAGAGCAGAUCAGGUCCAAGAUUGUUGAAGGACGGAUCAGGAAGAGGCUUGAGGAGGUGGCAUUGCUUGAGCAGCCUUACAUUAAAAAUGAUAAGAUGGUGGUGAAGGACUGGGUGAAGCAGACAAUUGCAACCAUUGGAGAAAACAUAAAAGUGAAAAGGUUUGUGCGCUACAACCUUGGAGAAGGCUUAGAAAAGAAAAGCCAGGAUUUUGCUGCAGAGGUGGCUGCCCAAACUGCUGCAAAAGCAGUCUCUGCUACAGGGAAUCAGCCCGCUGCAGUUGAAGCCAAGGAAACUGUUGAAAAACCGAAAGCAACAGUUUCAGCUGCAUUGGUUAAACAACUGCGGGAAGAAACUGGAGCUGGCAUGAUGGACUGCAAGAAAGCUUUAUCUGAAACUGGGGGUGAUCUUGAGAAGGCACAAGAGUACCUCAGGAAGAAGGGUCUUUCAGCUGCUGACAAAAAGUCCAGCCGGCUUGCAGCUGAAGGCAGGAUUGGAUCCUACAUCCAUGAUUCCCGCAUUGGAGUUCUAAUUGAAGUCAACUGUGAAACUGACUUUGUUGGUAGAAGUGAAAAAUUCAAGGAGUUGGUUGAUGAUCUUGCAAUGCAAGUUGUGGCCAGUCCACAGGUGCAGUAUGUAUCCAUUGAGGAUAUUCCAGAGACCAUUGUGAGCAAGGAAAAAGAACUGGAGAUGCAGAGGGAGGACCUUCUGUCCAAACCUGAGAAUAUAAGAGAGAGAAUUGUCGAGGGAAGAAUCUCCAAGAGGCUUGGAGAACUUGCUCUUUUGGAGCAGCCCUUCAUUAAAAACGAUAGCAUUUUGGUGAAGGAACUGGUAACGCAAACUGUUGCUGCUCUAGGGGAGAACAUAAAAGUUAGGAGGUUCAUCCGAUUUACUCUUGGGGAGACAAUUGAGAGUGCAAAAACAGAAAGUGAAGCAUGAGUCACAAGAAAAGCAAGGACUUGAGGAGGUGCAUAGGAUCAAAUGAGGGCGUUAUUUUGAAUAGAAGCUGCUAAAAAAUGGCAAAUCUGUUGAGGCUAAAGCCAUUUUUCGAUUAUAAUAUAAUCUAAUUCUUUUUGUUGUGGUGAAAGCAAGUUAGAUUAUUUUAUGUAGAUUGACUUGUGUUAUAUUGUCUCCUAUAGCAAAUGUAGGGUAUUUACCUUUGGCUGUUCAUGUUAUAUUCUGUAAAAUGGAAAGAUGAAGAAAAAAAACAAUUUUGGGAAAUAUUUUCAGGUAAUCAUUUCCUUUAUUUAGCCAA